AGUGUGCACGAAGUGAGAAAGCGUGAGAAUGAAAUGGGAGAAUCUGCGAGAAUAAGGAUGCCGCCCUCCAUGGUCGCGCAUGGUUGCCGCUAUUGUGCGCCUCUGAAACACCUGGUGAGCUUUUCCCUCUUCCAUCGUCGCCUUCCUCCACCGCUUGUCGGCACCAUCUCAGUUCAUCUCAAUUCCUCCCCGUCUUCACCUCCUAACACUAGAUUCUGCACGGGGAACUUUCUCUUGUUGCCAAUGGAGCAAUUCUGGACUAGAGGUGGUAUUGACAAGAAUAAAGCUCUAAUAGAGCAUUUGUGGAAGUAUGGGGUGAUAAGGUCUAGUAAGGUGGCAGAAGUAAUGGAAAGUGUUGAUAGGGGAUUGUUUGUGCCUGAUGGAAUCCCGGCUUAUGUUGACAGCCCUACGCAGAUUGGGUAUAAUGCCACUAUAUCUGCACCUCAUAUGCAUGCCAUGUGUCUUGAACUAUUGGAGAAGAAUUUGAAGGCAGGCAUGCAUGCAUUAGAUGUUGGUUCAGGGACCGGGUACUUAACUGCAUGCUUUGCAAUGAUGGUUGGACCGCAAGGUCGUGCAGUGGGUGUAGAACACAUUCCUGAGCUGGUCGCCACAUCCAUCAAUAAUAUCCAAAAAAGCCAAGCUGCACCGUUACUGAAAGGAGGUUCCCUUUCUGUACAUGUUGGUGAUGGCAGGCUAGGUUGGCCAGAGUUUGCACCUUAUGAUGCUAUUCAUGUGGGAGCGGCCGCUGCAGAGAUCCCACAACAACUUAUCGAUCAAUUAAAGCCUGGUGGCAGAAUGGUGAUUCCAGUUGGGAACCUUUUCCAGGAUUUGAAAGUGGUGGACAAGAACCUUGAUGGUUCUAUCAGUGUUCGCACUGAAACAUCGGUCCGAUAUGUUCCGCUGACAAAUCGAGAAGAUCAACUGCGUGGUUAUUGAAAGUGGAUUUUGAGGAGUUUACUAAACCCACAGUAUCUGUGUGGUAUCAAAUGUUCUUUCCCAGGAUCCAAUGAAGCCCUUGUAAAUUCCUUCAGUCUGUACAAAUAUAAGGAUGCUGUAUGUACUCCCC